AUGUAUGCGUACUCAACAUCCAAAUUACAUUGUGAGAUUUUACGCCUCUUCUCAAGGUAUGCCACCAUUUUGUUUCAGAUAUGUCACUCAGGAAAGCUUUCUUCCAUUUGGAAGGAAAAUAUCAGCUCCCGAACCUCAUUGUUGGAGCAAUUAAAAAAGAAAAUCUGUACAAGGCUUUUGAAAAUGGCAUCACUGCAGACCAGGCAAAUAAUUUCUUUUCUUCAGCAGAAUGCACAUCCUCGAGUUGCAGAAAGAGUACCAUCUGUACCUGAAAAUGUCACUGAUCAGAUUAGAUUAUGGGAAUCAGAUCUGAACAGGAUUGAGAUGACAGCAGCACAUCUUUAUGAUGAAUUUCCUUCUAGGGAAGUCUUUGAGGCUGCUUGCGAUUUUGCACAAGAAUAUGGUGGUCAGUUAUGGAUGGAUUCCAAAAGCAUGCGUGUUAUAGUCAAGGCAGAAAUUUUAACAAACAUGAAAGAGUUUCUUCGCCGCCAACAACAGUAG